AUUAGUUUAACCCGCUAACAAACAGCUAACAGCUAACGUACCGCUACUGGCCAAACCGACCAGGAUGUCCGAGAUGGAUGAAGACGUGGUCUUGUCGGAUGUAGAGGGAGAGGAAGAAGCCCACCAGGGAGUCGGAGAGGACGAGAAGGUCCAGGUUUGCCAUUUGACCCAAGAAACCAUAGGUCAGGGACUCUCACUACUGUGCCGAACAGGAAAUGGACUUGGACAUGCAUUUGUCAAACUGGACCUAAAAGACAAAGGACUGAAUGACAUCGCUGCAAUCAGCAGUUUCAUUCACAUACGUUUUCUGGAUUUAUCCAACAACCACCUCACUGAUCUUUCUCCUCUGGCAUCUCUGACCCAGCUGCUCUGGCUGAAGGUUGACAAUAAUGCUGUGGCAUACUUCAAAGGGCAACCUUUCUCUCAGUUACCCUACUUGCAGUGGUUGAGUAUGGCAGUGAACCGGCUAACAGACCUGGAUGGGCUGGUCGGUCCUUCCUUGGAGAGUCUGAAUCUUACAGGUAACGGUAUUCAGAGAGUUAAUCUUCAGAGCGGCUGUUUUGCCAACCUGGUAACUCUAGAGCUGAGAGGAAACCAGUUGGACACCACUGAUGGCAUCAACCUUCCAAACCUACGGCAAUUAUAUUUGGCCCAAAAUGCAAUCAAACGUCUGGAGGGUUUAGAGAAGUUAGAGCGCCUCACCACCCUUCACCUUCGAGAAAACCAGCUAGACUCUCUGGAUGGCCUCAGCCCCAACAUGAAGUGUCUCCAAUAUCUCAACCUCAGAGGCAAUGCCAUCCUAGAUGAGAAUGCCCUGCAAUGCCUCCGGUUUUUGUCAAAAACGCUGCGAGCUUUGGUGCUUUCUGAGAAUCCUCUGGUGGAAACGACAGACUACCGGCUGAGUGUACUGAUUCUCCUGCCACAACUGGAGCGACUUGAAAAAGAUCCCAUCUCCCCUGAGGAGAGGGUUGAGGCCCAGGAGAGAAUCAAGGAACUUAGAGAGGAGGAAAUAUCUGAGCCCUAAGAUCUAUAAUGAUGGAACAAAUGAGGAAGUGUUUUACUUCCUUGAAAAUACAGGCCUGGUGUGUAUAGGUGGGUGACUGUGAUUGGUUUAAUGAAACGUAAUGUAUAUGUUGAUAGAGAUACACCUCACUUGUAGGAUGCACUUUGUGUCAUACAUACAUUUGUACAUAAGUCAUGUUCUUAAACCAAUUAUCUAUUUUUGUCAACAAUAAAAUGAAAUGAAAAUGUUA